AUGCACCCACGUGCUUCAGGGCAGGGUGUAUUUCCACGCUAUGGUGGUGGGUGGAUGCAUCAGUUUGGUCAUGUGUAUGCCCUCCAACAGGAAUUACUAAACCCGCAGGCCAGCAAUUGGUUUCGGGCGGUUGAACUUUGGCACACGGCGCGUCACGAAGGAGUUGCGCUCAAUUCUGCUCAUUACACAUCCAUUCUUAGGCAGUGCGUGCAGCCGAAAGCGUGGGAAGCCUCACUGCGGGUGCUUCGUCAAAUGCAGCGGGAAGGCAUCCGCCCAGACGUCGUGGGAGUUGGCUGCGUACUGGCCACAUGCGCCGAUGCCGACAGAAUUUCUGAGGUUGAGGAGGUGUUCGAUGAGUUUAGUGGGAAAAUGGCCUUGGACAGCGUUUGCUACCUUGCACUGAUCAAGGCAAAGAUGGCUGGUGGUAGAUGGAAGGAGGCCAUAGCAGUUGGUAAGAGACAGGAGGCGGAUGGUUUGCAUUUUCUUCUCAUAUACGUACACGCACCUCCUUGA